GUUUUAAUAUUCUGGAGUUAUAGUUCUUUACAGAAACAAAGAAACAUAACUUCAUAUUGUAUAUUGUGUAGUGUUAUUUCUUAUCAACCAAGGCAACAUAUUAACAAUUGAAGUGUGUGUGAUCUCUUUUGACUGUUAAAAAUAUCUGUUGCAUGAGUGUAACUACUAAAAAGUUGCAGAAUUUAUUUUAAAAAUCAUCAAGCUUAUAUUUUUAUUGUCUAUCAAAUAGUAAAAAAACACAGUUUUUCUAGCAAAGAAGAGUAAGUUAUUGCAGCAUUGUUGCCAGUUAUUGCCAGUGUAAGUUACUGCAAAAUAAUCAAAACGUGUGGUUUGCUUCUGCCCGUUUCUUCCCACAACCUAUGUCAAUAUUCAGAGAUCUCAUGUUUAUAUGAGGAUACAGUUUCAGAGCCCUCAGUUGGAGAACGGAUGCCUAAACCACAGUGUUGGGGAGGAGAGAAAAACCAGCCGUCUAAGCAUGUUUACUUUCAGUGACAAGGAAGCUCUAACUUGUCCCUAAGUGGUGACUCACUGGGCUGGGACUAUAAAAGUAAAGGUAACUGCUCUCUGAAACAUCAGGGCUUCAGACUUCAGAAACCCAGCAUGAUGCAAUCAAGACUUUCAGCUGUUUUCUUUUUCUUGUUGGCUUUGUCCUUUUGCCUGACAAUCCCUAUCCCCCUUGAAGACAGCCAUGAAUUCACAGAGAAAGACCUUCAGUUUGCAGAGCGCUAUCUCAGGACUCACUAUGACCUCCGUCCGAAUCCUGCUGGCAUAAUAAGAAAGAGUGGUAACACAGUGGCAUCUAAACUUCGGGAAAUGCAAGCUUUUUUUGGCUUGGAGGUGACAGGCAAACUAGAUGAAGAAACAUAUGAGCUGAUGCAGAAACCAAGAUGUGGCGUCCCAGAUGUGGGGGAAUAUAACUUUUUCCCUAGAAAACUCAAAUGGUCAAAAAUGAAUUUGACAUACAGAAUUAUGAAUUACACUUCAGAUCUGAGACGUGCUGAAGUAGACAGAGCUUUCAAAAAAGCAUUUAAAGUUUGGUCUGAUGUGACACCACUGAACUUCACCAGAAUACGAAGCGGUAUAGCUGAUAUCAUGAUCUCCUUUGGCACUAAAGAACAUGGUGACUUUUACCCUUUUGAUGGGCCCUCUGGAUUACUGGCUCAUGCUUUUCCCCCUGGUCCAGAUUAUGGAGGAGAUGCUCAUUUUGAUGAUGAUGAAACUUGGUCAGAUGAUUCUAGAGGCUAUAACUUGUUUCUUGUUGCUGCCCAUGAAUUUGGUCAUUCACUGGGACUUGAACACUCUAGAGACCCUGGAGCUUUGAUGUUUCCUAUUUAUACAUACACCGGAAAAAGUGGUUUUGUUCUUCCUGAUGAUGAUGUGCAAGGGAUCCAAGAGCUCUAUGGUGCUGGAGACAAAGAUCCCAACCCAAAACAUCCCAAAACACCAGAGAAAUGUGAUGUAGAAUUGUCACUUGAUGCAAUAACAGAACUCCGUGGAGAGAUGCUGGUCUUCAAGGACAGGUUUUUCUGGCGACUGCAUCCCCAGAUGGUUGAGGCAGAAUUGGUGUUACUUAAGUCAUUUUGGCCAGAGCUUCCAAAUAAAAUAGAUGCAGCUUAUGAAAAUCCCAUCAAAGAUCUUGUGUUCAUGUUUAAGGGAAAGAAAGUCUGGGCUUUGAAUGGCUAUGAUAUAGUUGAAGACUUUCCUAAAAAGAUAUAUGAAAUAGGAUUCCCAAAAGAAAUUAAAAGAAUAGAUGCAGCCGUCCAUAUUAAAGACACUGGCAAGACUCUCUUUUUUACUGGAAAUAAGUACUGGAGUUAUGACGAAGAGGCAGAGGUUAUGGAAGCAGGGUACCCCAGGCUGAUUGAAGAAGAAUUCGCAGGAAUUGGUGAUAAAGUGGAUGCAGUCUAUGAAAGAAAUGGUUAUCUCUACUUCUUCAAUGGAUCACUGCAGUUUGAAUAUAGCAUCUGGAGCCAAAGAAUUGUCCGUGUCCUGCAUACUAACUCCCUAUUUUGGUGCUAAUUACAGCUGAGUGCCAUGUCAUAAGCUGCAAAGCAGCUUGUAUUGCAUGGAAAUAAUAAUAAUGUGGGCAUACAGAUUUACUAGAGGACAGUGAGGUUCCAUGAGCAAGCACUGGGCUUCCUACCACCAAAUGUAUACUGUAUAUAUGAAACUAUACAGCUGCGUGCCGAUCUGGAACUGAAUUAACUUAAUAGGAAAGGAGAAAAUAAAUCACUAGCGUUUCAAGGGACAUUGCACCACUUAAAGUUUGUCUAGUAUUGAAGUGAGAUGCUGGAUACAUCACACAUGAUCAUGAGUGCUUCUAAUUCCUGGUAAUCUGAGCAUGUCUAGCAUCUUUCAAGGAUAUCCUAGCAUGUCCCAAGAAAUACACCUGAUAAACCCAGGAGCAUUAUAUUUUUAAAGUAAUCCUUCACCUCUUUUUGAAAUUCUUUUUAAUGUACUAGGAAUUCAGGUGUGUAGUGAAUGAGUGAGGACUGCAGGGUGAUUCUCUGAGCAGGUAACACCAAGCCACAAAGAUGAAGUUAGAGAAUUCAAAGGUGUGUGAAAGUAUCUUAGUUUGACUGGGAAUGUCCCACUAGA